CCUAUGCCUGUAGGAAGGAAGAGUUUCUAAUAGGUCUUGCAUAAUUUAAAUUUAAAAUAAAAACCAAAUGAAAUUCAUCAUUCAUGACAAUUCACGAAAAGAACACGGAUUUGGAAAUUGGGGAGAAAGGUAAAGGGUUGAUAGACAACAAAGCGGCUGCAGGACUGGAACACCUGCUCGGAAUCUCCAAUCCCGGCUCCCGAUCUCAACGACGGCCUCAACCCUAAGCAGUGAAGGCCCCGAUAGCUGCCAUCACCGUCGAUCUGGAUACCUCCCGUAUUCCGAAGACAGCAAGUGGCCGGAAGGCGGAGGCGGAGGAGAAAGCAGGCGCCAGGUAGCCGCCGCCGGAGCAGGAGAAGAUGAUACUCCCGGUGGCGAAGCUCGGGACGCUGUUGCUGAAGACGAUGUCGAAGCCCAUCGCGACCAGGCUCAAAACGGAGGCCAGCCGCCACCCCAAGUUCCGGCAGCUCAUCAUCAACCUCGCCCAGGCAAAUCACCGCAUCUCCACAAACAUCCAGAGAAGAGUCUAUGGUCAUGCAACUAAUGUUGAGAUUCGUCCGUUGAAUGAGGAGAAAGCUGUUCAAGCUGCUGCCGAUCUUAUUGGGGAGCUCUUUGUUUUCUCGGUUGCUGGAGCUGCCGUAAUUUUUGAGGUGCAAAGAAGUGCAAGGUCAGAGGCCCGAAAAGAGGAGGCUCGUAAAAAUGAAAUUGAGGCAAUAAGGCAAAAGGAGGAUCAGCUGGCUGAAGAGAUAUUGACUAUGAAGCAGAAGCUUAGUGAGUUGGAGCGCCUCGCCAACUCUCGAGGUCUCUCUGGACUGUUCAGGAGCAGCAGUGUCCAGACCAAAUAAAGCCCACAUGACCAGUUUGUUUGACUGGAACAAAAUUACCGCUUCAUGCACUCUAACCAGGUGAAUCAACAAUAUUCCUGCUCUGUUUUUUGAAGCUCCCACCAUGUGGGUCACGUGUGUUAUCCCCACUGACCAUUUUGGGAGAUUCCAUCGAUAGUUCUUCAGGGGUUCAAAACACCAGUUUCAUUUUGCAUUUAUCAACUUGGUCCUUGCAAGUUGUAAAUGUGUGACAUUUACUCCACGAGCUUGUCGUGGAAAUUGCUGUCAAAAUGUUUGUAGUAACACUUAUUCAGAUGUCAUGUUGUGGUGUUGUGGACACAAUCUUUGGAAAGAAAUACCAGCGCAGGGGCAAGCAGCCGGCGUCUACAACAAACUAGGCGUCUUUAUUUGGUAAUUCCGGAUUGUUAGGCUUAAUCAUAGGAGUGGUUUGUUAGAAUGCAGGCUAUAUAUUCUAGUUGUUGGCGUGUGUUUUGGGCAAGCAGAAGGAUAACCUUGAGAUGCUCAGAGCCUCCUGCGUGAGGGCGAGCCAGGGGAGAUCCGAUCUGCUAAACUUGUUAUCUCAUUCGGUUAAUAAUAGAUCAGACCACAUCAUUUGGUAUCAGUCUAGGUCCUUCCUCGGCUUGAUUCCAAUCUGCUAUCGCCUGCCCACAUCCCCCUUCCCCGGCGCGCCGCUAAACCCACAGCUCCACCGCAAUGUCCGAUGACGGCGACGACAAGCCGGCCACUCAGGCCUCCAUGGAGGCCAUGUUCGACAAGCUGGUGAAGAUGGUGGGCAAUCUAGGCAAACGCAUGGACGGUGAAAUUUCUUCCGUUCGCCAAGAAGCCAGCCUCAUCUCUGCUUCCGUCAAGAACGUCCAGACCCAGAUUCUGGACAAGCAAGGCUGUUUCGACACUCAUGACGCGUCGUCAUCUGGCCCACCCCCGGUGCCCGGCCACAAACUGCGUUUCCCCAAGUACGACGGCGGCGACAAUCCCAUCACGUGGUUGCACAAGGGGGAGCAGUUCUUCUGCGCCUACGGCACACCGGAACAUCUCAAGGUCCCGACGGCGUCCUUCUACCUCGACGGCGCCGCCGCCCAGUGGUACUACCGCCUCGAGAAGAAUCAGGGCGUUCCAUCUUGGACGAAUUUCAUAGAUGGCAUCAACCGGCGCUUCGGACCGCCGCUCCGCAGCAACCCCCUAGGCGAACUCACCCAGCUCCGUCGCACGUCCACCGUCGACGACUACCAGGAGCAGUUCCUUGUGCUCCUGGCGCGCUGCGAGGACGUCACCGAGCCGCAGCAGAUCGCCAUCUUUACGGCGGGUCUGCAACAGCCCCUCAGCACCGACGUCGAGUUGCAGAAGCCCGCAACGUUGGAGGACGCCAUGGCGCUCCCCCGCGCGUUUGAACGCCGCCAACAGGUGUCCACGGAGCCGGCCGCCACGGGAGCACGCACACCGUCUCAUGCGUCUCAGCGCUCCAUCGCCUCGUCGUCUCGCUCGAUGUCGACACCAAGCGCCACGAUGGCCGAAUCGGCGCCCGCACCAACCAAGGCGCCAACACCGACGGACGGCCGCUUCAAGCGCUUGUCACCAGAAGAGAUGGCCCAGAGACGUCUCAAGGGGCUGUGCUUCAACUGCCCCGAGAAAUUCUCCAAGGAACAUGCCAAACUUUGCUCCGGCAAAGGCAUUUACUACCUGGAGCUCGACGACGACGCAUCUGACGACGGCACGACGGAGGACGACAUCACCAUCUCGGUGAAUGCGGUCACCGGCAUUCGCACCUCCUCCACACUCCAACUCCGCGCGACGAUCGGUGGCGCCAUCAUGAUCGUGCUGAUCGACUCCGGUUCGACCCACUCCUUCAUCUCCGACGCAUCGGCGCACCGUGUCGGCCUCAAACCGGUCCCACGACCGGGCCUCUCGGUGGCAGUCGCCAAUGGCGACAGAGUUCCCACAACCGGGGUCUGUCAAGGGGCGCACAUGGACAUCGCCGGCGAACCCUUCUCCGUCGACCUCUACACCAUUCCGUUGGUGGGCUAUGAUCUGAUCCUUUGGUGCGACUGGCUGCGCACCCUGGGACCGGUGGUCUGGGACCUUGACAAGCUGUCCAUGACCUUUUGGCACCAUGAUCACAAGGUGCAGUGGACUGGGAUCACUGUCGUGCCAUCCCCGCGGCUGACGGCGAUUCAGGGCACCAAUCCUCUACAGGCCCUGCUCGCCGAGUUCGACGACCUGUUCGCGACUCCGGUGGGACUACCACCCCCACGGACCCUGGACCAUCGGAUCCAUCUGCUGCCAAACACGCCGCGCCCAUACCGGUACGCCCAACUCCUCAAGGAUGAAAUUGAGGCCCAGUGCCAGGCGAUGUUGGAACAAGGCAUCAUAAGGGCGAGUACAUCGGUGUUCUCGUCGCCGGUCCUGCUGGUCCGCAAGCCCGAUGGCUCUUGGCGCUUCUGCGUAGACUACAGGGCUCUCAACAGCAAGACCGUCAGGGACAAGUUUCCCAUACCUGUCGUGGAGGAGCUCUUGGAUGAACUCAAGGACGCCAUCUUCUUCACCAAGCUCGACCUCCGCAGCGGAUAUCAUCAAGUCCGUAUGUAUCCUGACGAUGUGGCCAAGACGGCGUUCCGCACACACCACGGCCAUUUUGAGUUUUUGGUGAUGUCGUUCGGCCUCACAAACGGUCCUUCCACAUUCCAAGCUCUCAUGAACGAGGUCCUUCGGCCGUUCCUAUGUCGGUGCGUACUUGUCUUCUUCGAUGACAUUCUUAUUUUCAGCCGCACCGAGACGGAACACCUGCAGCACGUGCGCGCGGUCCUCAGCACCUUGCGCCACCAUGGGCUGGUGUUGAAACGCUCCAAGUGCUCCUUUGGGGAACGCCGGAUUCACUACCUCGGCCACGUCAUCGAGAACGGCGUGGUGUCCAUGGACGUCGACAAGAUCAAGGCGGUGCAGGACUGGCCCCUGCCGCGUUCCCUCAGGGCACUCCGGAGCUUCUUGGGCCUCACAGGGUACUAUCGGCGCUUCAUCCACAACUACGGCGUCAUCGCCGCCCCACUGAUGGCUCUCCUCAAGUGGGACGCAUUCCGGUGGGGUGACGCGGCCACGUCGCCGCCCCACUGACGGCUCUCCUCAAGCGGGACGCGUUCCGGUGGGGUGACACGGCCACGGCGGCGUUCCACGACCUCAAGCGUUCACUGACGUCAGCCCCGGUGCUCAAGCUGCCCGACUUCGCCGA